UCCCCCUCCAAGUCCUACAUUUUCCUUCCUAGGCCUGACACUCUUGUCUGGGGUGGAAAAGAGCCACCGACCCUCGGGGCGGUUAGCAAGGUCACCUUCUCUGUCUGAAUUGCCUGCUUAUGAAAUCGCAGCAGGGAGGGUGGGGGCAGCUCGGGUGGGACCACGCCCACGGGCUGAGGUAUAAGGGACGAGGCUGACGCUGGUCCGCAACCCCGCCUGCCCUCACCAUGAAGCUCACCAGCCUCGUGGCCUUCGUGGUGCUCCUGGUCCUCGGAGCCCUGGUGUCCCAGGCUGUGGAAGGUGCUAGCAAAGGAAAAGCUAAACAGGGCGACUGCCCCUUCAUACGCCCAGCGAAGUGUCUCGUAUUCGAACCCCCUCAAUGCCACAGUGACUGGCAGUGUCCAAAGAAGCAGAAAUGCUGUGAUGCCCCUUGUGGCGUCAAAUGCAUGGAUCCUGUGGGCCCGUCACAGCCAGUGAAGGUCAAUCCUGGAAAGUGUCCAGUGUUCAUCGGCCAGUGCAUGACGCCCAACCCAAGAAACUACUGCCUGAAUGACAGCCACUGCCUAAACAAUCUCAAGUGCUGCAAGGGGGUGUGUGGGAACUCGUGUGUGAAGCCAGAGUGAGAUUUACUCUCCUCACUUCAAUACGAUCAGGACCUCCUGGUAGGCCCCAAGCCUGGAGAAAAAUGACAGUACCUUGGUGACAGUAUGUGGCUCUGUGGCCAGUCCCUCCGUGGGGGCUAAGACUGGCCUGCUUUACCUCUGCACCCCCAGCAUCCAACAUGAGGCUUGGCCCAAACAGGAAAUGCCUGUCGAUUGGUGAAUAAACAAACACACGUACAACGUUU